AUGGACGGCAUCACAGCCAACACCACCACGAUCAGUCCCCGGAAGCCGCGGGUGAUGCUCUACUCGUCCCCACUCAUGGGGCAUCUCGUCCCCAUGAUCGAGCUCGCCAAGCUCUUCGCCGCCCGUGGGCUAGCCAUCACCGUCGUUCUCAUGGACCCGCCGUACGAUACCGGCGCCACGGGCCCCUUCCUCGCCGGUGUCUCCGCGGCCAACCCCUCCAUUUCUUUCCAUCGUCUGCCACAGGUCAAGCUCCUGGAGUCCGACGACUCCGUGAUGCCGGCCUUAGCGUUCGCCCGCCUCUCCAACCCGCAUCUACGCGACUUCCUCGCUGGUGCAUCUCCGGACUUCCUCGUGGUGGACUUCUUCUGCAGUGCCGCUAUGGACGUAGCCUCGGAGCUCAACAUCCCCGCCUACUUCUUCUCCACCUCCGGCGCCCAGAUCCUGGCUUUCUUUAUGCACCUCACGGUUCUGCAUGGGAAACCACGAGGAGCUUCCGGGAAAUGGGCGAAGAACUCGUGCACGUCCCGGGGAUCACCCCGUUUCCGGCGACACACUCCAUUCAGCCACUCAUGGAUCGUGACGGUGCGUCCUACCAGGCAUUACUAA